AGCGUUGGACUUCUCGGUGGGAGGCUCAACAAAGCUGCGAAGGAUCAAAUAGGCCACAGAGACUAAACGAUCACCGGACACAAUCCCUCCAGCCGGGACUGAGGCACGCUGGUGGUGGGACAAACAGGCUGAGUUUCCAAGUACCAUACUUCAAAGAAGCCCUCUCCAUUUUCAGAAUGGUACCAACAACUAUGAAGUCACUCUGGAUAAUCCUCUUUCUACUGAUGCAAGGCACACGGGGUUUUCUCAUUCAAAACGCUCAAGUCAAGCUGUGUUUACAAGCCAGCACGACAGAUGAGAACUUGCUUUUAGAGGACUGUAAUCCCACUUCCAAGUUCCAACACUGGUCUUGGCAAGACAAUUCCUUGAUCAAUCAAGGCACCAGGAAAUGUCUGUCUACAGAUGGAGCCAACAGCGUGCGGUCAAGUCCCUGUGAAAGUGCAGCACAUGCAAACUGGGAGUGUGUUAAUUUCACGCUGCACUCAGUGGGCAGCACCCAUAUGUACCUGACUGCAGAUAAGAAUAAAGCUGCUCUGGCGAACACAAAAAGCCCAAGUUCCCGAUGGCGAGUCAGUAGGGGGCAGAGCGUCUGUGAUCAGAAGCCAGCAAAGGCAGAGGGCGGUAGAUAUUUCGCUAUGCCUCUUACCAGCACACAAAUGCAUGACGAGGUAGAAGGCAAUCCCGCUCCUGGAAUGCCUAUGUCUCAAGAACAACUACAGGAGAUGGUGUGGUUUUUCCGGACUGGAGAUUCAUCCACGUGGAAUUACUCCAUUCUAGUCCUGUCCUUGGUGGUUCUGUUUCUGGGCUUCCUCCUUCUGGGAAUAAAUAUCAUGGCAAACAGAACUAGAAAGAUUACCCUCAUGUAUGAACAAGCUGCCGAAACUGCCAAACCAGCUGAGCCGGAAGCCAAGCCACCCUUUGUGGAUUUGAAGGAAGAUAAUAACUUGAAUCCUUUAACACAAGAUUUGCUGCCGAAAGGACAAAGACCAGGGGAGGUUUUGGUUCAGUGGAAGGAUGGCAACGUGACAGCCCUGUAUGCAGACAAGCCAGAGGAGGACAUGUAACGGCGAGCGCAAUCUGAGCCUAGACCCCAGACAAAUAUUUCAGCAAGUGUCAUGUAUCUAAAUUCAUGCUGCCUGGAGCUUGGGAAGUUAAGCACAGUUUAUCAAGGGGAAUAAAAAGAAAUGGCAGAGGAGAUUCCUCAGCAUGAGCCGCUCUUGACUCAGAUAAUCUGGUCUGGUCCCACCUGCUUUGAUGCCAAUAUGGCCUGAUCCUUACCUGCUGCUGUCAUUUGGUUCCAAGGCUACUCUUACAUGCCAGCUUUGCCCACCCUCUCUCAGCUGUCACUUGCUUCCACUGCAAAACAAUUAUAUGAGCCAAACCAGGCAAGGAAGGGGGGAGGAUUUUACUGCGGUCAGCCGGGGAACGCGUGCUUUUAAAAAAAACUCUGUGCAGGUUCAUCGAGAAAACGCUGAAGCUAAGCAGAUGUGCUGACGCUUCGUCAAAAGUUGCCUUUAUUAAAAUAUUUUCCAAAGUAGUUGAUUGAAAUUGCGUAAUUAUAGAUACAUGACUUUACUCUGCAGAGAAGUGCAACUCCAUACAGAAG